AUCUUAAACACCUGGUCAAAGCGCUUGGCGUGCUGGAGUUACGACGCACCACCGAGAGAUUUAAGGCCGUGCAGCCCACGAACGAGCAGUCGCCCUCCACUCCACCUUUACCAACACCUCCUCCGCACAAUUCAGCUACAGCGGACCUUAUUGCCAUCUGCAGCCGGCCCUGCGCAGCCCCUAAACCCCGGCUUUUCGUCCGCUUCAUCUGGCGACGAGUGCAUCACUUCUCAUCUCAUUCGGACUUACUACCCUAAAAUCCGAUCCCUCCGUGGGCGAGCAUCGCUGUGUUACCAUGCCUCCCACCCCGCCGUCGACGACAUCAUCCAGCACAGGACACUCGCCACCCGACGCGCAGUUCAGGGUUGUGCGAAAGCGCAACCGAGUCCCCCUGUCUUGCGGGCCCUGCCGACACAGGAAGCUGAAAUGCAAUCGCGGCCAUCCCUGCGACAAUUGUACCAAGCGGGGAGACACGGGAUCAUGUACGUACGCUACUCCGGGCAGUCGCAAGAAGAGCUCUUCCAGCACUGGCUCCGCCACUUCUCCUGAUGACAUGCAAAAUCGCAUUGACCGUCUGGAAGGACUUGUUCUUUCACUGAUGACCAAUGGCGCCCAGAGUGCUGGACCAGCUGCGGCACAGGCUGCCAUCGCCAAUAGCAUGAGCAAUGGCUCUGCCGAACAUCCGUACGAUCUCGUCACCGGACCCGAGUCGAUAAAGGAGGAGGAUGAGGGCGAGGAGAGCGAGGUUGAGCAGGUCGCGAAAUCUAUCGGCGUAAUGAAGGUCGACAACAACAGGGCGGUGUUUGCGUCCGAGGCCCAUUGGUAUGCGAUUCUGGGAGAGAUUUCAGAAGUCAAAAACUACUUCACCGAACACAAGAAGCAGUUCGACGAGCAGCUGAAGCGAUACAAGGCCAACCACACCGACGAGUACACCCCCGGCACUGCAUUCUUGUUUGGCGCCCAGAAGCCUACCUCGUACGCCGAGAUCCUCUCUCGGUUUCCCCCAAAACCGACCGCCGACAUCCUCGUCUCGCGAUAUUUCAAUACAUACGACCCCGGAAUCCAUAUCAUUCAUGGGCCGACAUUUCAAAAACAGUAUGACAAGCAUUGGCUGAACCCCAAUGAGUCGCCAGUCAUUUGGCUCGGGUUGGUGUUUGCCAUGAUGUGCAUAGCAUUGCAGUCAUACAGCAGAGCAGGAGAUGAGCCCCCGGAAUAUCGAGGGAAGUCUUGGGCAAUGUCGAGUGAGUAUCGGAGCUUGACCGCGCAGUGUCUCGUAAUGGCAGACAUUACGCAGCCGAUUACCGAUAUGUUGGAAACUCUCAUCCUCCAUGUCUAUGCUGAUUAUGCCCGCAGUAGAGAUGCGGAAGUGGGCAUUCUGAUCAGCACUGGCAUUAUUGUGCGUCUUGCAAUGCGGAUGGGACUGCAUCGCGAUCCGGCCCCCUAUUCAGGUAUUUCUAUUUACCAGGGUGAAAUGCGACGGCGAGUGUGGGCUGCAGUUCGGUCCCUGGAUCUGUUGUUUUCGGCACAAGCUGGCCUCCCUCCUAUUAUUCGACUACGAGACACGAAUACCGAGAUCCCGCGGAAUAUCUACGACGAUGAGCUGUUUGAAGAUAUGAAGGUAUUACCGCCUUCAAGGCCGGCCACGGAAGCGACGCCGACGCUUUUCUUGAUCAACCGGACACGUUUGAUCUACAAGUUAGGCGAAGCGGUUGAGCUGACCGAUUCGCUGACUUGCUCAUCGUAUGAAGAGAUCAUGAAGCUGGAUCAACAAGCUAGAGAGUUGCACGAAGGCAUAUCUCCUCAUCUCAAGAUACGAUCCAUGGACGAGUCUGCACGUGAUCCGUCGACGCUCAUCAUGCAGCGCUUCACCCUCGACCUGAUGUAUCUGAAGAUAAUAUGUGUGCUGCAUCGGAAGUUUCUUGCAGCGUCGAGGAGUAAUAAUCGAUUUACGUAUUCGAGGCGAGUGUGCAUCGAUGCGUCAAUGACGAUGCUUCAGCACCAGGCAACGUUACAUAGAGAAUGUCAACCGGGCGGGCGGUUACGGAAUGUGAAGUGGUUCAUCUCAUCACUCACAACGGUCGACUUCCUUCUCGCGGCGAUGAUCGUGUGCUCUGAUCUCUACCAUACGGCGCGUUUCGAACGCCAAGGUCGGUCUCCAGGAGGCGAUGUGUACCUCUGGAGCCACGACCGACGGGACGAAAUGCUUGACGCGAUUGAGGUCGCCGUGGGUAUUUGGGAUGUGCUCAAGGAUCAUUCGAUGGAAGCAUACAAGGCUCACGCAACACUGAGCGUGAUGUUGCAACAAUUGAAGCAGCAUCAGGCAAUGAGGCAAGCGCAGCAAAGCUUCUCGUCGGCUCCGUCGACCGCAUUUCCAGCACCUAACCCCAUGGAUGACUCGAAUGUCGCACCCGAGCACUCGGCGGCUAUGACUCUGGGCAUGCUCAGCACUGGUGGCCUCACGCCCAACUCGGCCAAUAUGUUCGACACGCGGUACCCAGCUUCCAUCGGGAACCUUCUGAACGACCCUGUUCCACAACAGCCUUCGUCGGGCUUGUCACCGAACUUUGGCGCAGGGGCAACGAGUGGGCCGGAGAAUGCACCGAGCCCAUUCUCGAAUCUUUUCGGAUCGAGCAUUGGCUUCCAGAGUAUGGAUCUACCGAGCACGGACAAUAUUGAUUGGAACGCAUGGGAUUCAUACAUCCAAGGCCCGAGCAUGGAUGCGACCAACUCAUUCUUCCCAAUGGAUAUCGGAUCCAUUCCCAUGCAAACUGAUGCAAACGGCCUGCCGACAGCACAAGGUUCACCACAGCAGAAUGGAAAUUCUAACGCGAAUGCGUUUUCGGGGAGUGCGGGGGUGAACGGCGGAGUCUUCAUGGGGGUGAGCACGCCUCCUCACAAUAACCUCGUUUAGGCAGAUCCUAACGAGGUGUAGGCGGAUCCGAAAACUUCUUCUGGGGAGGG